AACACACGUUUUCUCUAAAGUGGGUUGCGAUCCAAACACAUAAAAAAAGUAUUCCUUUUUGUAUGUUUAUAUACAAAGGACAGGCUGAGUUUGAAGAGCUCUGAAAAUUUUUUAGAGGAUAAGUAUAUAAUUUAUCCAGGGUUUUAAAUAGAGGAGAAAACGAAAACAAAAAAGGAAUCUCAUUUGGGCUUGAGAGAGAGAGACAGAUGGGGAACUGCUAUUUGGACGUGGAAGAAGGAAAGCAAGCCGUGGGUGGGGUCCAACAGAGCCCCACAGCUACCAACAACAAUGCCGGCCACAACGACGCCGUUGAGUUCUUCUACAGGUCUCGGGAUCUCCAUCAACACUUCACCCGAGUCGAGUUAUCCCUAUCAGCAAUUAACUUGCGAGAUCGUGACAUCAUUUCAAAGAGUGAUCCCAUGGCAGUGGUAUAUGUGAAGAAUAUAGAUGGAAAACUAGAGGAGUUAGGCCGCACUGAGGUUAUACUGAAUAGCUUGAAUCCCACGUGGAUAGAAAAAGUUAUAGUUGCAUUCCAGUUCGAGAUUGUACAACCAUUGGUAUUUCAUGUAUAUGAUGUUGAUACCAAAUUUCACAAUAUACCUGUGAAGACACUGAAAUUGAAGGAUCAAGAUUUUCUUGGAGAGGCCACGUGUGUUCUAUCAGAGGUACUUACCAAACAAAAUCAGAGUUUAACCCUUAAUCUGUGUAGUAAAAUUGGGCAUGUGGGUUUGAGGAACUUAGGGGUACUCACCAUCCAUGCAGAGGAAACAGUUGCUUCAAGGAGGGUUGUUGAGAUGAUGCUCCAUUGUUCUUACUUGGAUAACAAGGACAUAUUUUCUAAAAGUGACCCUUUUCUAAGAAUAUCUAGAAUUGUGGAGAGUGGAGGCUCCAUUCCAAUAUGCAAGACUGAAGUAGUGAACAACAAUUUAAAUCCAAAAUGGAAACCCCUAUGCCUGAGUAUGCAGCAGUUUGGAAGUAAGGAUAACCCAUUGAUUAUCGAGUGCUUUGAUUUCAAUAGCAGUGGCAAACAUUCACUUAUUGGUAAACUUCAGAAGUCAGUGGCCGACCUGGAAAAACUUCAAGAAGGUAGAAGUGGUGAAAAUCUUACUAUAACAUCUCAUCAAGGUCACAAAAAGGUUUUGAAGGGAGAGCUCUUUGUGGAUCAAUUUUGUGAGAAGGAACAAUACAGCUUUCUUGAUUACGUUUCUUGUGGAUUUGAGCUUAACUUUAUGGUUGCAGUUGACUUUACAGCCUCAAAUGGAAAUCCUCAGAACCCAGAUUCUUUACACUACAUUGAUCCUUCCGGCCAGUUGAAUUCUUAUCAGAAGGCUAUAAUGGAGGUUGGGGAGGUCAUUCAAUUUUAUGAUUCUGAUAGGCGCUUUCCUGCUUGGGGCUUCGGUGGGAAAACAUUUGAUGGAACCAUCUCACAUUGCUUCAACCUAAAUGGAAGCACAGGUAGCUUGGAGGUCGAAGGAGUUGAAGGCAUCAUGUCUGCUUAUGCAAGUGCUCUACAUAAUGUUACUCUGGCAGGACCAACGUUGUUUGGCCAAGUGAUUAAAAGAGCUGCUCAAAUUGCAAGCCAAUCCGUUUCAUACAACAGCAAAAAGUACUUCGUCUUGCUCAUUAUUACGGAUGGAGUCCUUACAGACCUCCAAGAAACGAAAGACACUUUGGUGAAGGCAUCUGAUCUUCCACUAUCAAUUCUUAUAGUGGGAGUGGGAGGUGCAGAUUUUGGACAGAUGGAGGUCCUUGAUGCUGAUAAAGGACAACGAUUAGAGAGCUCUACAGAUCGUGUUGCUACACGUGACAUUGUACAAUUUGUUCCAAUGCGAGAUGUUCAUGGUGGGCAGAUUUCUGUGGUCCAGGCGCUUUUGGAAGAGCUACCAGGACAGUUCUUGACGUACAUGCGGUGCAGAGAUAUCAAGCCACGCCCUCUCCAUGAAGCCCAAGUGUCUGGUACUUGAGUAUAAGUACCAACUCCACAAAAGGCCAAUAUAUAUCGACGACACACACAGGUUGGAUAAGGGUCAAAUAAGGUAUGAUAUAUACCGCUGAUCAACAACAAUUGCCAAGGUUUUCUAAAGGCUAUCCCACCGAUAGAUUGACCUGCCUGAAAAUAGGUAUUGUUUCCUUUUUCCUUCGUGGGUGUGAGCAAGGAGUUACAGUUUUAAUGCCAAGAACGAAAUAGGAGGGUAUAUGAGAUUGUUCGAUGUCCCUCUCUGCCCAUUGAAAGAAACCCCACCGAGAACCUCUUCUUUUGCUCCAAUUUUUUUUUUAAUCCGCUCAAGCCAUUAUAGGCCAGAUACAUUGUAUUUCAUCUAUUCCACAAUCUCACUUGCACACCACCAAUGGAAGCGUCAAGUCUUCAUCAACCUCUUCCACCAUCCAAAAGAAGUCUUCAUGUGCAUGGUUGUCAAAAGCCAUUUGUUGCACAUGUAACAAUCACCAUGUGCAUGCCGCCCAUAUGGUAUUGAUUUUGGCCUUUUUUUAAAGCCACUCUCUUCUAGUUGGCCGCUGGUUGGCUUACUAGCAUUUUUUUUCCUUAUUUUCUUGAUUUUUCAGUCUUUUAUUUCAAGAACUUUGAACUUCAAAUCUAGGCUUUAAUUGCAGCCAUGCAUGCACCACCCAAAUGUCUCCUCAUUCAGUUUACGACUCACUUUUCUACUAUUUUGAUCAAUGCGCGUAUGAGCCAUAUGUGCCGUUGUCUGUACAUGCAUGGUCCUCAUGUACCGCCACACCACCACAAUGUACUGUCCCCUUCACGGCUCUACCUGAUCUAUACCUACAAUUCUUUUAACUUUUAUCUCAUUGUUUUUCUUCAACUAUGGGAUCAAACUAAUUAUCUGAUACCAAUUUUCGAGUCGUGUUUAUUUUCUUGUUUUAUCAAUCUUUUUAGGGUGAUUGAUGAGAUAUCCCAUCCCCUCAAGUUGUAUUCAUAUUUUCUUUACUAAUGUAAUAAUUUUGUCCCCAAAAAGGGGAGCAUAUAUUCAAAGAAACUGGUAAGUGUAUCAAUAUUAUUUGACUGUGAGCUUUUACACCAA